CCAUCCCUACCCAAGUACCCCUUAUUCUGAAGGACUAAAAUAGUAAUUACACAUCCUUUGUCAAGCCAAACACACAACCCAGUUAUUAAAUAACGCCAGAAAGAAAUUAAAAAAGAAAAUCAAAAUCAAAAAAAUGCCUAAAAAUGAAGCUUCUCUUUCUCCCCAUGUACUGAUAUUCCCUCUGCCGCUACAAGGCCCGGUCAACUGCAUGCUCAAACUCGCCGAGCUUUUCUCCCUCCGCCGCAUCAGAACCACCUUCCUCAACACCCACCACAUCCACCACCGCCUCCUCGACUGCACCGACAACCACACCUACUUCACAAGAUACCCACUCCUCCGUUUCGACACAGUCCCCGACGGCCUGCCGGAGGGUAAUCCCCGCACCGGCGAUCAAAUCCCCAACCUCCUAAAUUCCAUGGACGCCGUCGCCGUUCCAAUUUUCCGGCAGAUGGUGACCUCCGGCGGGCCCUACGGCCCCGAUUCUGAGAAUCCGGUGACGUGUAUAAUCGCCGACGGAAUUUUCACCUUCGCCGCCGAAAUAGCGGCGGAGAUUGGGGUUCCGUUGCUGUAUUUCGACACUAUCAGCCCCUGUGGGCUUUGGACUUACCUUUGUUUGCCGAAGCUCAUCGAAGCUGGUGAAGUUCCUUUCAAAGAUGAUAACUUGGAUGAGAUUAUAAUAAAUGCACCGGGAAUGGAAGGAAUAAUCCGGCGCCGUGAUCUUCCGAGUUUCUGUCGAACGAAAGACCUAAACGAUCGGAUCAUACAACUAGUUCUCAAAGAGGACAAACACAUACCCUUAGCUCAGGGUUUAAUUUUCAACACAUUUCAAGAACUCGAAUCUCCUAUACUUUCUCAACUACUCAACAUCAGCCCGAACAUCUACGCCGUCGGGCCGCUCCACGCCCACUUGAAAGCCCGGGUGGAAUCACUAACCGGGCCCGAAUUUCGGCCCGAAACCUCGACCAAUAGUAUUUGGAAAGAAGACAAGAGCUGCAUUUCUUGGCUUGAUGCGCAGGCUUCGAAGUCCGUUAUCUUCGUCAGCAUCGGAAGCCUAGCUGUCAUGACAAAGGAGCAGCUCUUCGAGAUUUGGUACGGACUGGUGAAUAGCGGGUCGAAAUUCCUGUGGGUUCGGAGGCCCGGUUCGGUUAUUGGAGCCGACGCGGAAUUAGAGAUACCUCUGGAGUUAUCCGAAGGGACGAAGGAGAGAGGGUUUAUUGUGAAAUGGGCCCCGCAGGAGGAGGUAUUGGGCCACCCGGCAAUUGGUGGGUUUUUAACGCACAGCGGGUGGAACUCGACGUUGGAGAGUAUAGUCGAAGGAAAACCGAUGAUUUGUUGGCCGUAUUUUGUUGAUCAACAAGUAAAUAGUCGAUACGUGGGGGAGGUGUGGAAGCUUGGUUUGGACAUGAAAGACACGUGCGACAGAGCUGUGGUGGAGAAGAUGAUAAGGGAGGUUAUGGUUUUGAAGAAGGACGAGUUCUUGGAGACGGCGGCAAAAAUGGCGGAAUUGGCCAAGUCGAGCGUGGCCGAAGGUGGGUCGUCUUUCUUGGAUUUCGAUCGCCUUGUUGAAGACGUUAAGACGAUGAAGAUAACACGAAAAUAAUUACAAUGUAAUUCUUGGAUAAUAAUAAUUAAUAUGUAUUGAAUUUCUUUUGAUUGUUGAAUAAGUUGAUGAUGCAUGCAUGCUACAAGUUGUAAAUUAUUUUAGAUGAACUUGUUGAGAUGCUAUUAAUUGAUUGCUCCAUUAUAUCAA